GAAUUUGAUUGGAGGAUAACCUGGCGGGCACAGGGACCACGCGGGAGUCGCAGCGUCCUCCUCCCCUCGCGGAGAACAGUUGGCGCACCUCCGCCUCACUGACUCACUGAAUGACAGACGCUUCGGCGAUGUAGCGCAGCGGCUCGGAGACAUUACCCAUUUAUUUCCCUCUCAUGUUAUGAAACCAACAUGGUUUGAGGAUGGCUAAGCGACCAGGGACUGGCGACGGGAUGCUGGCUUCGCCAACCAUCGGCCGGACCUUCGCCGCGGAUUUGAACACCGAAAACCCGAACACGGACUCCUGCGAGUGCGACGGAGCCGAGGACGUCUCCCUGGAAGAAAUCCUCAAUUUAUACAGCCAGCCGAUCAACGAGGAGCAGGCAUGGGCAGUGUGCUACCAGUGCUGUCGGACGUUAGCGCAAAAACACCGGCGGAGAGGGUUGAAAUCUGCGGCUGCCUCCGCGGCGAGGAGGAUCGAGGGACCCGGGAAUGUGAGGAUCGGGAGAGACGGGACCGUGAGGCUGCACUUUGAAGGCGGCACAGAUAAAUAUCAACCAGCGUCAACGUCAUUGGAGAUAAUCGACUCCUUGGGCAUCAUGAUCUACAAAGCUCUGGAUUACGGCCUGAAAGAGAAUGAAGAGCGAGAGCUCAGCCCCCCGCUGGAGCGCCUGAUUGACAUGAUGACCAACAUUGAGGAAAAGGAGAACGACCCUUGUCCCGACGAGGGCUACGAAGCCACGGAGGAAGAGGAUGAGGAAGACGAGGGUAAAGAGGAGCUCGGCUCAGUCGCCUCAGUCGGCACAAUCAGCAGCAUCCGGAGUUAUCAGGACAUCAUCGUGAUAUGCUCAUCUCAUCUGCCCAGCCCGUCAGAAGCUCCAAACCAUUACCAAGCGGUUUGUCGGGCUCUGUAUGCGGAAAGCAAGGAACUCCACACUUUUCUGGAGAAGAUCAAAAGCGCCAAAGAGAACCUUCGGAAGAUGGAAGGCGAGACUCAGGAGGAGCCGGUUAAAGACCUUGAAGAGCUACAAAAUGCAGACUGGGCGCGCUUCUGGGUGCAGGUGAUGAGAGACCUGCGGCAUGGCGUAAAGUUGAAGAAGGUGCAGGAGCGUCAGUACAACCCGCUGCCCAUCGAAUACCAGCUCACACCCUAUGAAAUGCUGAUGGAUGACAUCCGCUCCAAGCGUUACAAGCUGCGAAAAGUCAUGGUGAAUGGGGACAUUCCGCCACGGUUAAAGAAGAGUGCCCAUGAGGUCAUUCUGGAGUUCAUCAGAUCCCGACCUCCUCUGAACCCUGUGUCGGCCCGGAAGCUGAAACCACACCCCCCUCGCCCACGGAGCCUCCACGAGCGACUGCUGGAGGACAUCAAGGCUGAGAGGAAGCUCAGGCCCGUUUCACCCGACAUGAUCCGACGGAACCGCCUGGGUGCAGGGAAAAGCAUUAGCACUCCACAGGACUUGUUCCGUAGUUCAGACACGCCUGAUGCUCCGAGGAAGCUGGUUGGCAGCACUCAGUCUCUGUCCAGUGUCACCGCUGGAUCCAGUCAGGGACCGCAGCCAUUGAGUCAAAGGAAACGGCUUCUCAAAGCUCCCACCUUGGCUGAACUGGACGGCUCAGAAUCGGAUGAGGAGACAACACGGAGCAGCUCAAACAUGUCCAUGAUCGAGGAGACGUCUCCUGAAGGUGUUGACGAGAAGAAGGCUCCUCCAAAGUUCUUGCCGGUUUCUGCAACACCGCAACCAGAAAAACAUCACACGGCAAUAAGGAGGCAUUCUAUUGAGAAGGAGGCUCCAACCUGCAUCCGGCCUUUGGUAGCACCAUCCAGACAGAUCUCCAAGUCUCUGCGAAUGGGGGAUCCUAGCACCAAGCUGUCUGCCGGUCAGGUGGAAGCAGCCGCCAGUACUCAGGGCACGGAGGAGUUCAGCUAUCCGGUGGAGGGGCUGGCUCUGACCGUGGAGGAGGUCAUGCACAUCAGGCAGGUUCUCGUCAAGGCCGAGCUGGAGAAGUUCCAGCAGUACAAGGAAAUCUACACUGCCCUGAAGAAAGGAAAGCUUUGCUUUUCAUGUCGGACCAAAAAAUUCUCGUUGUUCACCUGGUCCUACACCUGCCAGUUCUGCAAAAGACCAGUGUGUUUCCAGUGUUCUAAAAAGAUGCGUCUACCAUCGAAGCCCUAUUCCACUCUGCCCAUCUACUCUCUGGGUCCCAGUACUUUGACUAAAGAAGAAGCUGGUGCGUCUUCUGCCUCCGCCGAUAAGCAUCCUUUUGGAUCUGCACACAGCAGACACAGCCUGCGAAGAAGUGUUUACAAGUUCUCAAAGCACGGCAGUAGCGGCAGCAAAGAGGGGCGGUCCCACGACGAGCUAGAACUGCCCAAAGAACUGACGGAGGACUGGGUGGCCAUGGAGGUCUGCGUGGACUGCAAAAAGUUCAUCACUGAGAUCAUCACCUCCAACAAGCGUAGUCUGAGCAUGGCCUCCAAGCGGGCGCGCCUCAACCGCAACCGCAAAACCCAAUCCUUCUACAUGUCCUCGUCCAGCUCGGUCAACUUCAAACCCUUGGAGCGCACAAUCAACGAGGUGUAAAACAGAAAGACAGAUUUAGCAUGAACCAGCCUCACACCCUGGACCCCCCACCCCACCCCACCCUCAGGAAAAAAAUGCAGAUCCAAACUCGUCAACAGCUCGAUACCGAGGGAUGUCCCAUUUCACGUGCUGGUCAAAAGCAGCUGCCUGGAUACAAGAAUGACACAAAUGUGGGAUCCCAAGAAAGCCAGAAGUCUCAAGUGAUAUCAUGUAAAUAGUGCAAAGACCCAAUCAAUGCUAGCUAUCUACGUUUUCCAGAUCCUGUUUACUUUUAGCACUCAGGAAGAAAUAAAGAUUGUCAUUAGACAGAAAUGCACUGUUGAGCCUCCUGUCAGGUUUGCUGGGGCAGAUCUCCUCUGUCCCCCUAUGCUCCUCCUAUCCUUCCAGCAACAAUUAUGCCAAAAGUUUCAUCUUAAGAUUUUGAACCCGUUUACAUGCAUCUUUGCCAUCAUAUUAUGAGGCUGAGAUGACAUGUAAAGCAGUUGGGAUGCAGUAAAAAAAACAUUUUUUUUUAAUUAAAUGUAGAUUCAGUUCUGUGCCUGGUGCCAAAACGUCAUUUCCUUCUUUGAAUGCCUUUGUAGCCACCAACUUUUUGUACAUACGUGUGUUGAAUUAAGCAGGAGAGGUUCUUGUACGAUGCACCUACCCCCUUUGGGGCUUUAAGGCGGACAGCAGAAGCACAAACAUGCAGGGUUUAUGUAUCAUGCUGUAUAUGUAAAAUACUCAAAUCAGUUUUAUAUUCAAAACUCAUGAAGUAUAUUGUUUUAAAAAUAUGUCAUUACUUCAUAUUUUGUUUUUGACCAAGUAUUUGGAUUUUAUGUUGUAUAAAGUUAUGCAUUCAGUGUUAAGACGCCCCCCCCUUAAAUGACAAAUAGCACUUUUUACUGAACCAAUUAUUUCGUUCUGUUUAUAGUUUGAUAUGAGGAAAAUAAACUACAAAUUUUGCUCAGUUUUACCGGUUUUGCAAAUGUGUGAACGGCUCCAAAUGAAAUGAGAUCAGCAAAGCCCUUCACAGAACUGAAUGUAGGAUGCAGAUGCAGAAUGCAUUGUUUAAAUAAAAAUUGUAUGGUUUUAAAUACUUCUGACAUUUGUUACAACAUUAUCAGCCUGUUAACUAACAUUGUUCUAAUAAAACAAUCUGUUUUACUUUAGACCUCUGUGAGGAAUGUACAUGUGAUCCAUUUGUUUUUAUCAAGAAAGUUAUAAUAAAAAUCAUUGUGGUUAUUUAAUUUGA